UUACUCAUCUAGCCUUUUUUUUUUCGGCGUUGCAAUUACUUUUCAUUCACUCCUGUUUCCAAAUUGGACAGUUGUUGUUUUUUUUUUUUUUCAAUUGUCAUUUUUGACAGACUGUGACAGACGACAACGCUUUGUCAAAAAAUCAAUAGUUAUAAAUUGAUAUUAAAUAAUUUUUAUUAAACAAAAAUUAAAAGAUAACGAAGGCUCUUUUGAUUUAUCAAGAUGUCCAAUGAAAGUGUAAAAGCGUUUUCAAGUCUAGAGACAGCAGGUUAUGUUGGUUUUGCAAAUUUACCAAAUCAAGUACACAGAAAAUCAGUAAAAAAAGGUUUUGAAUUUACUCUUAUGGUAGUUGGUGAAUCUGGUCUUGGUAAAUCAACACUUGUUAAUAGUUUAUUCUUGACUGAUCUUUAUCCUGAAAGAACAAUUCCUGAUGCAAUUGAAAAAACAAAGCAAACAGUUAAACUUGAUGCAUCAACAGUUGAAAUUGAAGAACGUGGUGUUAAAUUACGUUUAACUGUUGUUGAUACACCUGGUUAUGGUGAUGCAAUUGAUAAUACAGACAGUUUUAAAGCAAUAUUUCAAUAUAUUGAUGAUCAAUUUGAACGUUUUUUACGUGAUGAAAGUGGUUUAAAUCGUAGAAAUAUUGUUGAUAAUAGAAUACAUUGUUGUUUUUAUUUUAUAUCACCAUUUGGUCAUGGUUUAAAACCACUUGAUAUUGAAUUUAUGAAACAAUUACAUAAUAAAGUUAAUAUUGUUCCUGUUAUUGCUAAAGCUGAUGUACUUACUAAAAAAGAAGUAUUGCAUUUAAAAAAACGUAUUAUGGAAGAAAUUGAAGAAAAUGGUAUUAAAAUAUAUUCAUUGCCUGAUUGUGAUAGUGAUGAAGAUGAAGAUUAUAAAGAACAAGUUAGACAAUUAAAAGAAGCAAUGCCAUUUGCUGUAUGUGGUGCUAAUACAUUACUUGAAGUUAAAGGAAGAAAAGUACGUGGAAGAUUAUAUCCAUGGGGCGUUGUUGAAGUUGAAAAUCCAGAUCAUUGUGAUUUUAUUAAACUCAGAACUAUGCUCAUUGCUCAUAUGCAAGAUUUGCAAGAAGUUACUCAAGAAGUUCAUUAUGAAAAUUAUCGUAGUGAAAGACUUGCCAAAGGUGCUCCAGCUCCACCAAGAAGACAAACAGCUGGUGAACCAGAGAAAGUUGUGGUUGCUGAAAAAGAUCGUAUAUUACAAGAAAAAGAAGCUGAAUUAAGACGCAUGCAAGAAAUGCUUACUGCAAUGAAAGCUCAAAUGCAACAACAACAGCCAUAAAAUUAAUUUAUUAUAAAAUAAAAUUUAUUUGCUGAAUUUAAAUACGAGGGGGGCUGAGUAUUGUCAGGUGCCAAAAUAAAUAUCAUCAUUCAUUUACAAUUAACAGUUGAGCAUCAAUAUUUAAUAACGGUUUUUUUAAAUAUUACAUUAUCUGCAUGUUAAUGAUAAAUUUAUUCCGUUAAUUUUCAUCAACAAAAUCAAAAAACUAUUAUUCCAUUAUAAUACUUGAUAAUAAAAUUAGUUUUAUAAAUAUAUAUUUUUUUAAAAAAACAGUAUUUAAAAAAACAAAACGAGAAAAACAAAAUAUUAUAUUUGUAAACCUAAUUCAUCAAAAUAAUUAAUUCAUUAUCAAAAUAAUUAUCGAUCUGACAAGUGCCUUGGAAUUCUCAAUGUUGAAAGAAAAAAAAAAAAAAACUUAUUUUUACUUACAAUUUCUUUUUUUUAUACUAAAAUAAUUUUUAUUAAAAAUUGUAUUUAUUAUAAUUUUUAAUUUUGACUCAACUUGCCCCCUUUAUUGUAACGUCAUUGCCAUAUAUUUUUUUUUUUUUAAAUAAAUAUAAUAAUCAUUUAGUUUGUAAGUUAAAAGUGCGUAUAUAAAAAACUCGAAUAAACAUUAUUUGUGCAAUUUUAUAUUUUUUUUUAUACAAAUAAAUAUUAUUAACAAUGCACAAGAAAAUAGUCUGAAUACAUCAAUAAUGUUUUUUCAAAUUUCAUCAUAAAAUUUUACAUUUUUAAUUUAAAAACUGUGAUGUGCG